UUUGUUUCCAACGUCAAUUUUCUCAUCUCUUAUAUAAUAAGUACUACCAAAAACAAACAACCAUUUCCCACUUAUUCUCUUUCUCUCUCCAACUCUCUGAUUUGCCAAUUCCAAUUUGCAAAGAAGAAGAGAAAGAGUUGAAGAGAUUGAAACAAAAUACAAACAAAGUUGAGAAAAAACAACACAAAAAUGAGCGAUCUAAGAUCAAAGUUCUUGGAAGUUUAUGAAAUUCUUAAAUCUGAACUUCUUAAUGACCCUGCUUUUGAAUGGACUCAAACUUCUCGACAAUGGGUUGAAAGGAUGCUGGAUUACAAUGUUCCUGGAGGGAAGCUAAACCGUGGAGUUUCUGUUAUUGACAGCUACAAGCUGUUGAAAGAAGGAAAAGAGCUAAGUGAGGAUGAAAUCUUUCUUGCUUCUGCACUUGGGUGGUGCAUUGAAUGGCUUCAAGCAUAUUUUCUUGUUCUUGAUGACAUCAUGGAUAACUCUAAAACAAGGCGCGGUCAACUAUGUUGGUUCAGAGUUCCUAAGGUUGGCAUGAUUGCUGUUAACGAUGGUAUAAUACUUCGAAACCAAAUCCCAAGAAUUCUCAAGAAACAUUUCAGGGACAAGAAGUACUAUGUAGAUUUGUUGGAUUUGUUUAACGAGGUAGAAUUUCAGACUGCCAGUGGACAGAUGAUAGAUCUUAUCACAACCAUUGAGGGCGAAAAAGAUCUUUCAAAGUAUUCGUUAGAUCUUCACCGUCGCAUUGUUCAGUACAAAACUGCUUAUUACUCAUUUUAUCUUUCUGUUGCUUGUGCUUUAGUCAUGUCUGGUGAGAAGCUCGAUGAUCAUGUUGAUGUCCAAAACAUAUUGGUUGAUAUGGGAAUAUAUUUCCAAGUACAGGAUGAUUAUCUCGAUUGUUUUGGGGAUCCAGAAUUUAUUGGCAAGAUUGGAACGGAUAUUGAAGAUUUUAAGUGCUCCUGGUUGGUUGUGAAAGCUCUAGAACUUUGUAAUGACGAACAGAAGAAAGUAUUACACGAAAAUUACGGCAAAGAAGAUCCAGAAUGUGUUGCAAGAGUUAAGGAACUCUACAAUAUACUCAAUAUUCAGGGUGCAUUUGCCGAAUUUGAGAGCCAAAGUUAUGAAAAAUUGGUCACAUCCAUUGAAGCACACCCCAGUACAGCAGUACAGGCUGUUCUGAAGUCAUUCUUGGCGAAAAUAUACAAGAGACAGAAGUGAAGUCUUGACAUGUUCGCCCCUCUUUGUUUGAUUCUUUUGCUUGGUCUUGAUUUGUUACAUGUAGGUGGUUCGUUGAGUUGUGUAGGUGGCUUUUGUAAUUUGAUUUUCUGCAGAAACAGUUUAUGUUAUUGAUCCCUUCUAUGCCUGGAGGAGAUUAGUGUCUUUGUAUCUCUGUUUCCUGUUCAAGUUUUAGUGUCUUCCAUUUCAUCUCUGUCGAUUGUCGAAUACUCACACUUGUUUCAGACCCAAGAAGUCAAAAUAUUCAUGAAAUUGUUGAGUUCACGUGGAUA